AUGCCACUCCUCAACCUGCGCGAAUUGCUCCCGUUCCCGGACGGCGACAACGCAACGGAUACCGUAAUCAAUGGUGUACACUUCAACCUCAGUGCUCUUGAGUACUUCAACUAUACCAUGUACGAUAAUGGGACUAUAUCGAACUCGUCGCGAUGCUACCUCAUCUUCAACAAGUAUCAGCCUGUCAUGAUGUCCAACGGCAGCUGGGUCAACGGCACGUCCUGUUAUUUGCCCUACUACCGCAUUCACACACGAGGCGGCAUUGGCAUCGGGUACGCUUGUCUCUUUGGAGCAAGCAUCAUGUUCACCCUCAUCAAUCUCCGAAAGCAUGGGAAGUUGUUCUUGCGUGAAGACAAAAGGUUCAGGGUGAUAGGAAGACGAUGGCAGUGGUAUUGGAUGUGCUUUGUGGCUGCGUGCGGCAUGAUCAGCACCAUUGCGGGCGUUGACGUCGAUCGCUACUAUCUGCAAAGCCUCCCAAUCAUCCUUCAGAGCUUCUUUUACACCCUGAUGCUUCCCGGAACAUUGGCCAUCGUCUGGGAAGCCGUGAGACACUGGGGCUCCUGGCAAGAGAGACAAAUAUACGACCGAGACCCGUUCCAUCUGCCCCAGGAUGACCGGCGCAGCAAGGUUGAAUUCUAUCUUCCCUUGGUCUUCUAUCUCUUUGCCUGGCUGAGCUUCUUCAUGGAGAUCCCUCGUUCCUGGACGUACAUUCAAUUUCAACGCUCACCCUGGCAACAAACCCACUACGCGGAGCCUGUCGCAACCGAUUCGCGUUUCAAAGCAGCUGCUAUCCUCUCAGUGAUAGCAUGGAUUGUCACAAUCGUGUCACUUCAUCAUUCACUACACCACUAUCGUCCGAAGCCUGACAGUGGUGGUAUGAUAGCCAGGAUUGACAGUUUCUGUGCUUACUGUCCGACCAAGCUUUUCCUCGCCCUAAUUAUACUGGCCAUUCGUCUCGCGUACGCUCUGGCUUCGGCUUGGGUUUGGGACAUCAACCUGAUGAAGUAUGAUGUGCAUCCCGGAUGGCCCUAUGGCCUCGGCUAUGGAACUACGGUGCUGUUGCUGAUCUUGUUCAACGUUUUUGGAUAUAUCGAUGCCAAUGAGGAUACAAUUAUCAUCGAGCAGAGGCGACAGCGCGGACAGGCAGCAGACGCCGAACUCGGCAUCACGAAAAAGCCAUCAUGGUGGAGAAAGGCUCAUGGAGACUUACACUUGACAUCGGAACAACGCUUGCGUGCUCUCGCAACCGAAGGUCCCGGAGCAGGCCGGCAGCCACGCGACCAAUCGCUUCCGAGUGCAAAUGUGGAACUCGAUGAUAUGAGUCGGAAUCCUCCCUCGUACUACGACGCCCCAGGUGGCGGUCAGAUACGCAACCGAAGCCGCCAGAGAGCGGAAAACGAACCGGAAAACCCAUUCCGCGACCCCCAUCCUGCCCAGGAAGAUGACAGACGAGAGUUUCAAAGGACGGACAGUGACGAUAACAUAAGCACUGCGACCGGCACAACCGAGCGCACUGGCAUGACCGGUGAAACCCUUGCGGAGAAUUAUCCUCCGCAAAGGGUCCGCAGCAUGCUAGACGUCUAA